AUGUCCUCACCAGUCUCCACCCCAGACGCCGAGACUACGCUCGGCAAGUUCCACUUGUUCGGCGAGCUUCCUACCGAACUCCGGCUUUCGAUAUUGGAGACUGCCGCCCGAAGCGCCAUGCCGGGCAUACAGUUCUUCGGAGCCAACUGGACGGGCGAGGCAGAGUCCGAAGGCCCGAUCGACCUCGAGCUCGUGGAGCCAAGAGUCCAGGAUAUUUCUGGUCCAUUUCGGAGCAGGGUUGAUGGCAAUCCAUCAACCUAUAACCAAGAUUUCGGUCUCUGGAUGGCAAGUUACGAGUCGCGCGACUUUAUGUUGCGCCAUUACCAACGUCUCGAAAACGCCAUCGCUGAAGAGGAAGACCCCAAUACCCUCUUCGGUGACCAGAGCCACUUCGUGGUCUUGGGAGGAGACCGUUUCUCCAAAGUCUUCCCCAAACAAGAUCUCCUCUGCCUUCAGCCGUUCCAGACGUCUCUUGAUUAUGGAGACUUGCCCUUUUUCCGCGAGGACAGCCCCUACAAGGUCAAGAACCUCGCGUUGGAAUAUGACCCCGCGUGGAUGAACGGCCUCGUACAGGCCCGAACGGAUGGGGCUAGAGCGCAGGCUCGGGCAGAUAUUUGGAGGGAAGACAGCCCUCGUGGAGUCUUUAUCCGGUCUCUAUGGGCGAUGGCAGAGCGUACCGGGCCCGCCAACAUGACGUUGUGGCUCAUUGACUGUUCCCUUCGGCGACUGGAAAUGCCAUCCAACGUCUUUCUGCCUGACUCCGACUCCGACUCCGACUCCAACAAGAACAGCGCCAGGAACGACGACGCCGCCAAAGAUCGCUCCAAAAAGGCCGAACCAGAGCCUAGGGUGUUCCAGUCAAUGGGCGCACGUUGUGUCGAGGCCAAGGACUUGAGUGAGUGCGUGUACGCCGCCCUCAAGCCCAACACGGCAUUCCACUUCCUCCACGAGCUCCAGAUAAGCGUUGGCUUCAACAUUGACUGGAUGAUCAGCGUCCGACGCAACCAGGAUGCGAUACCAUUGCCAAACGGCCUGGAGGAUCUGGUCAAGGUCUUGUGCGUCGAGCCGAAUUAG